UCACGUAAGCCCCUCCUCUAACAGCUUGUGUUUUUUCCUCCCCUUCUCAGUUCUCCGCUGCCUGCGACGCCAUAUUGACAAAAAACACCCUUUCUCCAAAACGCCUGAAACGCUCUCUCCGCCAGAAUGUUGUACCUUGAGGACUACCUCGAGAUGAUCGAGCAGCUACCCAUGGAUCUUCGCGACAGGUUUACGGAAAUGAGAGAGAUGGACCUGCAAGUGCAGAAUGCGAUGGAUCAGCUAGAGCAGCGGGUUAAUGAGUUCUUUACUAACGCCAAGAAGAACAAGCCUGAAUGGAGGGAGGAACAGAUGGAAAUUAUUAAAAAGGAUUACUAUAAAGCUUUGGAAGAUGCAGAUGAAAAGGUCCAGUUAGCCAAUCAAAUUUAUGAUCUGGUUGAUAGACACUUGCGGAAGUUGGAUCAGGAGUUGGCGAAGUUCAAAAUGGAGUUGGAGGCAGAUAACGCUGGCAUAACAGAAGUCCUGGAGAGACGUUCACUGGAGAUGGACAGCCCCUCCACACCUGUCAAUAACCACCACGUACAUUCACACGCCACUGUGGAGAAGAGGAAGUACAGCACGCCAGCCCACCACACUACUGAACACGUACCAGAAAAGAAGUUUAAGUCAGAGGCCCUUCUCUCCACACUCACGUCAGAUGCCUCUAAAGAAAACACACCGGGUUGCAGAGUGAACAGCACAUCCUCUUCUAACAGCGUGUAUAACGUAAACUCCUCCCAGACGCUUUCCUCCUACAACUUGAGCCCACUUCCUGCCGGGCCCACUGCAGGGGCGGGGGCCAUUUCCAUGGCAGCAGCUCAGGCAGUGCAAGCCACAGCACAGAUGAAAGAGGGCAGGAGAACAUCCAGUCUCAAGGCCAGCUAUGAAGCUGUGAAGAACAAUGAUUUCUUGGGGCGGGAGUUUGCUCUGAGCCGGGACACCAGCGGUUACUCGUCUUCUGCACUGGCUAACACACUCACACAGCCCCUCACGUCCAACAACAGCUCGGACUCUCGCACAGGACGCAAGACCAAAGGCAACACUAAGUCUUCCAACCACCAGUCCUCUUCAUCAUCCUCUUCCUCUUCACUGUCGUCCUGCUCGUCAUCGUCAGCAUUGGCUCAUGAGCUGGUACAGACCACCAUCACAGAAACGGACACCAGCAGUCAGGUGGACUGGACCUACGACCCAAACGAACCCAGAUACUGCAUCUGCAACCAGGUGUCAUACGGAGAGAUGGUCGGCUGCGAUAACCAAGACUGUCCGAUCGAGUGGUUCCACUACGGCUGCGUAGGUUUGACCGAGGCACCCAAAGGGAAGUGGUACUGCCCACAGUGUACGGCAGCCAUGAAGAGGAGGGGAAGCCGUCACAAAUAAACACCAAGUCCCCUGGGUCGACCUCUCUGAAAUGACUCCACUCGACUGAGAGCGUACAUGUUACAUCACUAUGCGAUCAGGGUGUGUAGAUGCGAGAGAGAGAUGUCGAUGCCUGAAAGAUGGUGUGGCUGCUGUGUGUGUGUGUUUGUGUAAAUCACAACCAGGUUGGGUGUUUUUAGCUGGUGAAUCCAAGCGCACCCUGCCCUCAAAACUUUUCCUGUUUUUCUGUUUUUCUCUUCAUCUCCAUUAAUCUUUAUGGAGGCGGGUGGGCAUGAUGGUAUUGAGAAGCCCAUGUUUUUUAACAUUCAAGACAUUCCUCAGCUUGCCAUGCGUGAUGACCCUUCGCAUCUGGCAGCUCCUGCUAAUCCAUAUCGGCAUAGUAUGGAUUGAAAUGAUGCAGACUGGGAAUUGUAGUCCUGAACUGCUUCAUGGACUACAAGUCUCAGGACAUUCAGCUCUGACUAAUCUUAAAGGAUACUGUUAUGAAUGGAUUACAACGGCAACAGUGAUGCCUCGUUGCUCACCAGUGAAAAUGAUGAUUUUGUGGAAAUAUUUGUAUGUAAUGGAUAGAUCAUGUAUUGUGCUCCGCUUAAAGGACAGAAUGUUUCUUAUUUUACCGAGGAGCUCUUAAGGUGUACAAUAGAACAAAUGAACAACUGUGACCUGUGUGUAUGUUUGUGUGUCUGUGUCUAGCUUAUACUGCACUGAUGUGGUGAUAUGUUUUGCAAGAUGUGGGGGAAAAAAACAAAACAAUAAAAUGAUCAAGAACUUUUGGUA